UCUGUAUCUGAGUAAUCACCAGGUUCGGAGCAAAGUCCACUUACUGGGUCAAACACAAAAUCUCCCACCAAACAUCCUACACAACAAUCACGCUGUGGGGAGCGACAACAACACAUCGACCAGAAUGGAAGGCACUUCCUCAUUCAUCAAGUCAGUGACCAAGCGAGUGUGGUCCCCGACGCAGAGACCCUUCAGAGUGUGUUGUCACAACAGAGCGACCAGGAAGGGCAUCACAGCUGGGACCCUGGAGGAGCUGAAAGAACGGGUGUACCAGGCGCUGCUGCUGUCCCUCUCUGCAGUGUCUCUGUCCCUGGUUUGUGAGGAGGACGGCACAGAGGUGGACACCGACGAGUUCCUCAUGACACUGCCCGACAACACAAUGCUCAUGGCCCUGGAGCCCGGACAGACGUGGAGAUCUCAGUCAGGUGCAGUCGUGCCCAAAUCUCACGACAACAACAAGCCUCGGACCGGGAGAGACAUUGCGCGUGUCACCUUCGACCUUUACAAGAUGAGCCCUAAGGACAUGUUUGGCUCGCUGAGUGUGAAGGCCACGUUUCAGGGGCUUUACUCUGUGAGCGCCGACUUCCAGUGUCUGGGGCCCAAGAAGAUCCUCAGAGAAGCCCUGCGUGUGGCCUCCGCCCUCCUCCAGGCCGCCGGACACCUGCUCAUCACGUCCGCAUCAAUGAUCCGCCGCGUCAUCGAAGGCGCCGAGCUCUGGCAGCCGCAGCGGGAGUACACGGCCAGCUGGAACUGACGGGGCCAGGACAGACCUUUUCUUUUUACACGUGAAGUAGAGCAACUCGGUCUGAUGUUGAUCUGAAAAUCAAAAUGUCCUUUUUCUCACGAGUAAGCUUCUCUGUAUUGAUUAAAUGAUCCAUCUUGAGAGGGGGGGUAGAAGAACCCUGACCUGACCAUCUUUUGAGUUAAUAUCACAGCGACACUUUUAUACAAUGUGAUGAACAAUUGUAUAUUUUAUACAGAAUAAAACACACAAAAUUGCAAAACCUUCACAAUCAAUUGUCGAGUUUAAGGCUUAGCUUUCUUUAAGCGCAACUUUAUGUACUUGGAUUGCGGGGGAUUACCACUCUAACAGUCUGUGUUAAUCGUUCUUAUCAUAUCGUUAACAUCACCUCCAUUCAUGUAAUUAGUUUAAAAGAAAGAUGACUAACUGGUUUUGUUAAUGUUUUAAAAAUGAUAAAACGAGUCGUGUUCAAUCAAUGAAAGUGUUUCAACUUGAAUGACAAUAAAAACCUCUGCACAUCA